UAGUUCCUGCUUUACAUUGAGCAUCCUGCCCAAGUUCGCAUUUUGACCAGUCGCAAAGUGAAACUGUACGGUAGAAACUUACUUGGAUUUGCGCAGUCUAAAUCGCAAUCAACUCUCCGCCGAUUACUGUGACACACGGCGCCAAACAUGGGAAGCAAUUUUUCAAAGGAAGACUGCUUUCACUUCCCAACCAUGGACAAGCGGAAUCUGGGCACUCUGAGGGACUAUGUGCGUAACUACAACCCUCCUGAGGGCUGUGGAGGCUGUAUAAACAUCCUACUCUUCGGCAUGGUGGGGGCUGGGAAAUCAUCGACCAUCAACACAUUCCUCUCCGCUCUGGAUCCAAAAGGAGCGACCACAACCUGUGUCCCGACGGGAGACGAUCCCAAAUCUCUCACACCAGAGCUCAGGUCCUACAGAGCACAGAAGCUAAAAUUUUGGGAUUCUGCUGGAUGGAAUGUUGUGGAGGUGCGUGAUCAGAUAAAAAGAGUGGAUUGGAAAAAGAAAAUGGAACAGAAAGAGAGAGUGUUACAGAUGAUCCUGGAAGGAAGAGUUCCCAAAGGAACAGACUUGCACAGUUUCAACCCUGACUCAGAUAUUUCCACCUAUCCCGUUAUUCCGGAAAAUGUAAUUCAUGGAGUCGCAUUCAUAUUUGACAUCAACACCAUGGACAGCAUCAGUGAUGAUAAAAUGACAGAGUUUCAGGAGUUACAGACGAUCGUGGCACAGAAGUAUGUUCACAGGGUUGUGAUUGGGACCAAGUUUGAAAAAUUAGGGUUACCAGAAAAAUACAAUGCAUGGAUUUAUGAAUUCAAGCCACUGCAGCAGAAGUUUGAGACGUUGGCAGAACGUACUGGGAUGGAAAGGCGUUCCAUGUUUGUGGUUUCGAAUCAGUGGAGAGGUGAACAGAUCGAGAUGAUAAGAUGUAUCCUGGCCCUGUAUGUUCUGGAUAAUAUGGUCAGAAACAUUGACCGAUUUCUCAAUGCGGUGCAAUGAUCACAGCUGACCUUGUCCAGUGCUGAGAAUCCAAUCCAGUUUCAGAAGCGCAGACACUGCUGUGGGAUUGAUGCUUUUAUUGUUUCCCUGUAGUCUUAGCAUUCUUUAUGCUUGUUUAUAUAUUUGUACAAUCACCUGUUUAUCUGCAAACUUUUAGUAACCUGUUGUAUUAGUAGUUCCAUCCUUCUGUCGUUUCUUUUCCUGCAAAACUGAAGGGGGAAUCAGUUAGUCUCUGCUGAAAGUGUUUCUCAAAUAAACUGGCCCAGAGCACUUGGCAGAAUAAAAGCAAA